ACGCGCGUCGUGCCCGCGUAUUCCCGCCCUGCCCUUCGCCCGCCGCUCGGUGGCGGGAACUGGGGCAACCGUGCCGACGGCGGCGAGUGGUGAAGUAACCAUGCAGGCUUUUCUAAAAGGCACAUCUGUCAGUACUAAACCGUCACUGAAGGAUCGAGGAGUAGCUGCCACAGCUGGAAGCAGUGGAGAGAACAAGAAAACCAAACCUGUUCCAUGGGUGGAAAAAUAUCGUCCAAAAUGUGUGGAUGAAGUUGCUUUCCAGGAAGAAGUAGUUGCAGUGCUGAAAAAGUCUUUAGAAGGAGCUGAUCUCCCUAAUCUCUUGUUUUAUGGGCCACCUGGAACUGGAAAAACAUCCACCAUUUUGGCAGCAGCUAGGGAGCUUUUUGGGCCUGAACUUUUUCGAUUAAGAGUUCUUGAGUUAAAUGCAUCCGAUGAACGUGGAAUACAAGUAGUUAGAGAAAAAGUGAAGAAUUUUGCUCAAUUAACUGUGUCAGGAAGUCGUUCAGAUGGGAAGCCAUGUCCUCCUUUUAAGAUUGUGAUUCUGGAUGAGGCAGAUUCUAUGACCUCAGCUGCUCAGGCAGCUUUACGACGUACCAUGGAGAAGGAGUCUAAAACCACGCGAUUCUGUCUCAUCUGUAACUAUGUCAGUCGAAUAAUUGAACCUCUGACGUCUAGAUGUUCUAAAUUCCGAUUCAAACCACUGUCAGAUAAAAUUCAACAGCAGCGAUUACUAGACAUUGCUGAUAAAGAACAUGUGAGAAUUAGCAAUGAGGGAAUAGCUUAUCUUGUUAAAGUGUCAGAAGGAGAUUUAAGAAAAGCCAUUACAUUUCUUCAAAGUGCUACCCGAUUAACAGGUGGAAAGGAGAUCACAGAGAAGGUGAUCACAGACAUUGCUGGGGUAAUGCCAGCUGAGACUAUUGAUGGAAUAUUUGCUGCGUGUCAGAGUGGCUCUUUUGAUAAACUAGAAGCUGUGGUAAAAGACUUAAUUGAUGAGGGCCAUGCAGCAACUCAGCUUGUUAAUCAAUUUCAUGAUGUGGUUGUAGAAAAUGAUAACCUUUCUGAUAAACAGAAAUCCAUUAUCACAGAAAAACUUGCUGAAGUAGAUAAAUGCUUAGCAGAUGGUGCUGAUGAACAUCUACAACUCAUCAGCCUCUGUGCGACGGUGAUGCAGCAGUUAACUCAGAAUUGCUGAAAGGAUCAUUUUUGUAAGAUACAAUUUUGUAAGCUACAAGUUUAAGUAUGAUCUGAUAAAAAUAAAAUGACCAAAGCACCUUUAAAGUGAAUAUACAAUUUAUUUAACAUUCAAACUUCAUUAAGACAUGUGCAAUAUGGCAAUUUUACUGGGAUUUAACCCUACCUAGGAUAUGAUUGCUUGCUGGGGCUUAGCAACAGGGUCCAGUUCACACUUAGCACUAAUUAAAUACUUU